CGCGGCGCGGCGCCGGGCGGCAGAGUGGUGAAGAUGGCGCUGGGAGCGGCGGCGAGAGCGGCGCUGCGUCGCGUUUCUGCAAACUUCCCCCCCGGAGUGAGUCAACUUUCCCCGAGGCGGCCGAGUCCCGCAGCCCGGCUCCUCUGGAGGAGCGACACGCCGCGCACGCUGAGCGCGUCCACGCGUCUGGCAGCAGCCCUCAGGUUCACAGAAAAACAUGAGUGGGUUCGAGUUGAAGGCGGUGUCGGCACUGUUGGCAUCAGCAGUUUUGCUCAGGAGGCAUUGGGAGACGUUGUUUACUGUGGACUACCUGAAGUGGGCCAAAACCUCGAACAGCUGGAGGAGUUUGGUGCCUUGGAAAGCGUGAAGGCGGCCAGCGAGCUUUACUCUCCUCUGACUGGCCGAGUGACUGAAAUCAACACGCAGCUGACGGAGAAUCCAGGCCUGGUGAAUAAAGCCUGUUAUGAUGAAGGUUGGCUCAUCAAAAUGACGAUUGAAAACCCGGCAGAACUCGACGGCCUCAUGGACGACGCCGCCUAUGAGAAAUUUAUCAAAUCCCUCGACCAAUAAACACACCAGCUCUCUGUGUUUCGAUGGGCGGGUUUACCGACCCCCGGAAGAGAGAGUAUUUAUUGUGAUGCUGGAAAUGUGCUCUCGAAAUAACCAAAAUGUUAAUGUCCCGUUAACAACUCUGACACACCCGGCCCAGACGUCUCUCCCCAGGAGGCGGCCUGGCGGCUGUUGAUUUCUAUGAAUAUUUUUGAGCUUUUCCUUUGGCUUGUGUCACUGUAAUACACGGAGACGAGGGGGGCGGUGGGAGAGCUGUUAUAAGUGCUGUGCGUCAAUCUGAAUAAACGACAUUCUCUGGU